AUAAACUGUUGCGAAAUGGCAAAUUCACAUAAAAUAAAACUUUCUGAAAGGCUUUCGUUGUCGAUUCGUCCUUCACAUUACCAACUCCUGUUAAAUCCCGAUAUGAAGACUGGUCUUUUUCAAGGAAACGUUAAAAUAGAUGUUAACCUAGAAGAUAAGAAAAAUUUUCUCUCUUUACACACAAAAUUUUUAGAUAUAAGUGAUGUGAAAGUCUUUAAAGGUGUUACAGAAAUACCGGUGAUUAAAUUUCUGGAAAAUAAGUAUCUUGAACAACUUUUAAUCCAGUUUGACAAUGACCUUAGCCCUGGAAAUUAUCAGUUGUCCAUUAAAUUCAAUGGAAACUUAACUCGCAAUAUUGUUGGAAUUUAUUUGUCUCAUUUAAAAAAUAAUAGUACCAUGGUAGCAAGUAAAUUUCAGCCAACUUAUGCACGGCAGGCCUUUCCGUGCUUUGAUGAGCCAGAAUUCAAAGCCACAUAUGAUAUCACUCUUGUGAAACCUGUGGAUUAUGUAGCCCUCUCUAACAUGAAUGAAAUAUCAAAACUGAUAGAUUCUUCAACAAACACUGAGGCUGUGACAUUCGCUACUAGUGUUCCGAUGUCAACAUAUUUAGCCUGCUUUGUUAUAUGUAAUUUCGAUUACAAGGAGGCUGAAAUACAAGCAAAUGGAAUUGGAAAUAAUUUCAAAUUGAGGUCAUUUGCUCAAAAAGAUCAAACUCAUAAGAUUGAUUUCGCUCAAGACAUCGGAAAGAGAGCUACUGAAUUUUACAUCAAAUAUUAUGAAGUACCUUUUCCACUUCCGAAAUUGGAUAUGAUCGCUAUUCCUGACUACGUAUCUGGUGCUACUGAACACUGGGGGUUGAUAACAUACAGGGAAACCUCCUUUUUAAUUGAUGAGACAACAGCAUCUUCAAGAAAUAAAAUCAGUGUUGCCAACACCGUAGCCCAUGAACUUGCUCAUAUGUGGUUUGGAAACUUAGUUACCAUGAAAUGGUGGGAUGAGGUCUGGUUAAAUGAGGGCUUUGCGUCAUACAUGCAAGUAAAAGCUUUAAAUGCUAUUGAACCCUCAUGGACAAUGUUGGAUCAAUUUUUAACAAGAACAUUACACUCAGUUUUGGUUACCGAUGCAAAACUUUCUAGUCAUCCAAUAGUUCAAACUGUUGAGACGCCAGAUGAAAUCACUGCCAUUUUUGAUUCUAUAUCUUAUUACAAGGGAGCCUCAGUCUUAAGAAUGUUAGAAGGAUUUACUGGAGAAGAAAACUUCCGCCUGGGCGUGUCGGACUACUUGAAGAAGUAUGAAUUUGGUAAUACCAUUACAAAGGAUCUGCUUUCAUCUCUAGAACCAUAUUUUAAGAAAAAUAAUCCACAAUUGAGUCUAAUGUACAUAAUGGACACAUGGACAAGACAAAUGGGUUAUCCCCUAUUAACUGUCACGCCAGGCGACAAAAGUAAUACUUAUGUUAUAACUCAGAAACGUUUCUUAAUUGAUCCAGAAGCUGAGGUCAAAGAUGAUUCAGAUUAUAAGUAUCGUUGGUUUGUACCAAUCACAUAUACUACUAAUAAUGGUCCAAAAGAAAACAUUCUGUGGUUCCCAGAUAAUUUUGAUAGUGUUAUAUUGACGUUGGAGGAUGGUGAAAAAUGGUUCAAAAUAAAUAAUAAUCAAGUAGGGUUCUACAGAGUGAACUACACGGAUAGUAUGUGGCAAGAUUUAACAGAACAACUCCAAAGCCAGACUAAACAGCUGACAAUCUCAGAUCGGUCGAACCUUCUCGACGACGUGUUUGCUCUAGCGGAGGCCCAAGUACUGCCCUACUCGGUAGCUCUAAACCUCUCCACUUACUUAACGGUUGAGAAUGAUUUUGUUCCAUGGGAAACUGCGACAUCGAUCUUCGCCAGUCUUUCUACGCGACUUUUGAACACUACGGCUCAUGACGAUUUACAGAAAUAUGUCCAACGACUCGUAAGUCCGUUAUACGCAAAACAAACCUGGGAGAGAACGAACUUAAGUGUUAUUGACGGUUUAUUACGUACGAGAAUUCUAUCGCUAUCGACAACGUACCAAUUACCGGAUGCUGAAGAAAAGGUUAGGAAUAUUUUUCUGAAGUGGCUAAACUCACCGAAAGAAAUCACAAUCGAGCCGGACUUGAGAGAUUUCAUUUAUUACUACGGAAUGAAAGCAGCAUCGCAAGACGAAUGGGACAAACUAUGGAUGAUAUAUUUGGAAGAGGACGACGCUCAAGAACAGUUGAAACUACGAAGUGCCCUGUCUGCACCACGGGAUGUUAACAUAUUGAAGAGAUACACGGAACUCGCGUGGGAUGAAAAGUACAUAAGAAGUCAAGAUUAUCUCAACGUUUUGACUUCUAUCAGUUCGAACCCAUCUGGUACUGAUUUAAUUUGGCAAAAUGUUCGAGAAAAUUGGCCGAAACUAGUCGAACGGUUCACGCUAAAUAGCAGAUACUUAGGGAGCCUCGUACCUAGCAUCACUGACACUUUCAACACGGAAAUAAGGCUAAAAGAGAUGGAGUCGUUUUUCGCUCAGUAUCCCGAAGCAGGCGCUGGCGAGUCGUCCCGUGUUCGAGCUCUCGAAAAUGUUCGGAACAAUAUCAAAUGGACGAAAACACAUCAGAGCAAUGUGUCUGAUUGGUUAAAAAAACAAGUUAAUAAAUAACUCUUGUUAUAUGUUCUCAGAACCAAAAAAUCAACAAUUAAAUUGUUAAUUUGAAUAUGAAAUGUUUAAAUAUUUGUA